AUCAUUAAGUGACCACUGACUAGUAGAAUGUGUCUAGUUGUGGAAAGGACGUGUCUGUCGCCCGCGUAAAUACGGCAAAAUGUUGUGAUUUACCGCAGUUUUUUUUAAAUUAUACAGCAAGACGUGUAUGAUGCCAUGUUCUGAAGAGAAUCCGUGUUGCUGAUAGCGAUUUUAUAAAACAUAAUGCCUUUAGUGAAACGACAAAUACAACCUGUCUACGUCAGCCGGGUAAAACUUGAGAAAGGACUAGUUAAUGAGUUUGAAUGUGUAUCUGUGAGCACGUUAUCGGGCAUUAUAAGACAGAUAAGCAGUUUAGCAAAGUAUUCCGAAGAUGUUUUCGACGAGAUUUUACACGAAGCGAAAAGUAUACAGAUGCGAGCGACAUCCUUACAGGGAAGGAUAUCGGGACUUGCUGAAAAAGUCACUCAACUCGACUCUAACGUUGAAGAAACAUCUUUACAAGACAUAAACAUCAAAAAGACAUUCAAGCUGACCGUGAACACGGACCAACAAGUAGUGGGAAGAGCAACAUUGCCCAAGUCUAUGGCUGAAAGAUACACAGCUUGCGAUGCACCACCGAGGCUACAAGAUAUGAACUUGUAUCGCGAAGAUGGAAAGGAUGCACUCAAAUUUUACACUGAUCCAACUUACUUCUUCGAACUAUGGCGAGAGGAAAUGAAUAAAGAGCCAAAAAAGAAGAAAAAGAGGCAACAUCGAGGUGGUCGAAAGCAAUCUCAGGUAAGGGUGAAACAUCUAAGAAAGAAGGUGUAUGAUGGUCAGGAUAAGGAGUUCUCUCAAUCAAAAUACUCGGUGGAGGAUAGUGUUCCCUCUACGCAAGAUGACAUCAAACCACCAGUACAAAAUGGGUCUGUUAAUUUAAAUACCCACGAGUUCAUCAAAUAUGAUGAAAGAAGAGGAACAGGAUCUUCCAGACGAGGUACUACAUCAAAACCAAAACCAACCACCAAACCCCCACCACCACCUCCUGUACCUAGUCAAAUAGAUCCUAAUUUACCUCUACCACCUCCACCACCAUCAAUUAUUCCCCCUAAUAUGUCAUCAGAUAUGCCACCACCUCCGCCUCCACCAGCCUUCCCUGGUAUGAACAGUCCAGUAGCACCACCACCCCCACCAUUACCAACACCACCACCUCCUGUGGAAGGUGGAAUGACUGCUCCUCCUCCAGAACCAAAGAAACUUGAUGCUCGCACUGACUUGCUUGAGGCAAUCCGCACAGGGAUGAAGUUGAGGAAAGUUCAAGGGGAAACGGAGAAGAAGGAACAACAAAAUGUUGGUAUGGAUGUUGCGUCUAUACUUCAGCGACGUAUUGCUGUGGAAUACUCAGACUCUGAGAGCGAAACAGGAUCUGAAUGGGAUGAUGACGAUGACGAUUGGCAGGACGAGGAUGAAGAUUAGAGGACAAAAUGAAAUUCAAAAUAUGUAAGAACUUUGAGGAAGGAAUUAAGGAAGGAGUAAAUGCUACAAACAUUUGAUUCAGUUGUUAAAUUCAGUUGUUUUCAUCUAUUCAUCUUGGGAGGAUUAAAAAUAGCAGCUAGUUAUCAACAUUAACUUGAUGUUUAGGAACCUAACAGUAGUUUUACUGUCAGGUAAAUUGAGAAAUGUUGAUUGAUUCAUACUUACUGACAUUAUGAAUUAGUAUUCACUAAACGUGUAUGUUUAGUCAGUACAUAUGUAGAAUUGUAUGCCAUAAAAUCUUGACCUUGAAGAGAUAAUGACUGAAGGCUUCUUUACUGCUUCAUGUAGUAUUUAACUGGCAGCCUGCCUUGAUUGUUGAGUACAUAAUGGCUGAAUCAUUUGCUGACAUCUUUUUUUAUUAUAAUAUUACCCUAAAUAUUACAAUACAAUGUAUAACCUCUUUUUGAUAAAUAAUGUACAGUUCAUGGAACUUUUUGAGUAAAACAUGUGAAUUUCAGAAAUGGUUUUGAUUUCGUAAAUAACCUAACAUAAUAAAGGUACUAUGGCUUUCA